AACAAAAUAGUAAAAUUGAGUCGAGUAAAUCGAAGGAUCAGUUGGAGAAUGCGGUAAUUGAAGAGCAGAAGAAAUCAAGUGAAGAGGCCAUCCAACCGGCCGAAUAAACCCUGCCUUGGCAGGCCUUUUGUCGCGCGGUCCUCCCGCGGCACUGAAUGGGUCGAACAACGCGUUGCCCGUGAAUGACAAUGUGCCGUCGGCCCCGAGUCCUGCUGCUUCGCUUACGCAUAUGACGAAAAACCGCGCCAAGGGCCCAAAAAGACGUCUUCCCAAAUCCGUGGCUCCAGAAUUCGUGGAUUACCCAUCGAAGGAAGCGACAGAAUCUUAUGAAGUCCGUGACUUUCCUGAUCUGAGCGAUCCUGACCCUUUAGAUUUCACAUCAGAGGAGUCAACGCCUCGAGAGAACUUAGCGUAUUCUGAGAGAGAAGAGAAGAAUGUCUCCGUAAAGGAAAUUAGACCAAGGGAAGAACCUGCUACCCUGGACGUUUCUCCCCCUUCAAACGAGGAAACAGGAGCCGACAUAAAAUAUUCUGUGCCCGAAACAGAAACUGUUAGCCAGGGAGUCUCACCAUCUCUUAGUGUUGAGGUAGACGUCUCCAAUGACCCCGCACGGAAGGAAGAGCCUAGCCUUGAAGAGACUCUACAAUUCUCCGAUGCCAUGGAAGACCAACUUCCUACAGUGGACUCUGCACCGAAGGAAAAGCCUGCUUUCCAAGAGACUUCACAGUUCUCCGCUAGCAUAAAAAAAGAGCUACCUACCGUGGACUCCGCACCAAAAGAAGAAGAGAUCAUAUCUCUAGAACCUGCACUACCCCUAAAUAAUGAGGAAACAAUUUCUAAGAAUUGUACAUCGAAACGAGAUACUAUCUCCAGGCUAACAAUGUCCUCUGACACCGAGGAGUCCGAGACUAUGAAUCCUGCUUCCAAGGAAUAUACCGGUGGCCAGCAGAUCCCAUCAUCCUCAGAGAUUGUGGGGCCUGAACCCAUUGGGUCGUUGGAAAGUGAGAAUACUGGCUCCCUGAAGAGUCUACCGCCUUCAACUAUCGUGCUCGAAGAAGGGACUGAAUCACGGGGAAACACAGCUUCACCUGAUAUUAAGGAACCUAAGGCAAGCCCAUUAUCUACUCGAAGCUGCGCAGGCAAUUCUAGCGGCUGGCCGCUCCCUGAUGGUGAUAUUCCCGCGCCUGCCGCUUUGGAGACAGGUUUGACUCAGCCUUCACCAACUACGGGCAAGCCAACCGAGUUCAAGAGGAGUAUUCAUCACAUGGCCGAGAGAGACUCGCAACAGAAUUUUGGUGCACUCCAGCCAAAGUCAGCUACAGAAUUCGAGAAACUCACGCAGAAAUUCGAGAAAGCUCAUGAGGAUGUGGAAAACCGGCGCGAUUCAUUUAAACCGGUUCCUCCGCCGAAAGCAGCCCCAUCCACCCCUACCCCCGAGUUUAGGCAAUCCAGAAGCUCACCAAUACAUUUUUCGUCCCCGUCUCCGUCUCCUCUCAGGUCCAGCUUCAGACAAAACCAAAUAUAUCCUUCUCCGACUGCUUAUCGAAGGACAGCCCCGGGUAUGUCACCAUCUUCACCCAGGGACAAGUCUUUACCAUCCCCUCCCGUUCCUCCUAAGUCCAGCCCCUCUGUGGACCAAGUUUCUUCACGAAGAUCUUCAGCAUCGUUGGUGCCCCAAGCCGACGAGUCUCUUGAAGCCAUUUCUGGCUUCUUCAAGACAUUCCCCAAUUCAAGGGAUUCCAUGAAUAUUGAUGCUCAGUUAAUGCUGACGAGCAAGAAUGAGAACCAGAAAAUCAGGACCCUGAGGAUGCAGAUGUGGGAGAUAACAGGUGAUGGCAAGAAACAAGAUCUCCCUGUCAAUCAGGAAUACAUCCUCUACGAAGGCAGCAUGUAUCUCUGCGUGCAUCUGUUCGAAGCUGACGCUGGUGCACGGUCAGAGGCUCAUCUUUGGUGUGGUGAUGAUGUUCCCGACGCAGCAAUAGACGACGCGCAGUCUUUUUCGAAGAAGGUGGCCAAGGAGAAUGGUUGCAAAUUGGAAGUCAUUAAGCAGGGAAAAGAGACCGCGCGUUUUAUCCAAGCCCUCGGUGGAAUUCUCAUAACUCGUAGAGGUCUCAGUUCUCGUUCUAGUUCCUCUGCUUUUUUCAUGCUUUGCGGCAGAAAGCAUCUAGGCCAAAUGGUCUUUGACGAAGUGAACUUCUCCCGCCAGAGUCUGUGCCCCGGCUAUCCGUUCGUAAUUUCUGCCAUGUUUGGCAAGGUAUAUUUGUGGAAGGGCAAAGGCAGUGCAGCUGAAGAGGUCGGAGCCGCUCGGUUGAUUGGCAUGGACCUUGGCUUAACCGGCGAGUUCGAAGAGGUUGCUGAAGGAGAAGAGCCAGAGAGCUUUUUUGAAUGUUUCCCACAGUAUGGGGAAUCUGGAGAUUACAUGCGCCCAGAUUAUUGGCGGUUAAAGCCUAACCAUGCAUGUUAUCGCCCGAGACUACUUCGUAUUGACCAUGAGCUCGGUCAGCAACGGCCAGCAGGGUUCUGGCUGCGUCGGCCAGGUUCCGCGUCUCCGGUGAUUCGACCGAACGACACUGUUCAAGAGAUCGAGCCUUUCUACCAGAAGGACAUCAAGGCCAAUGGUAUUUAUGUCUUAGAUACCUUCUUCGAGAUCUAUGUGAUUGUCGGCGAACAUGCGUCCAACCGACCGGCAGAAUUCGUCUCGGCCGUGGUAUUCGCACACGAAUAUGGCAUUCUAGCUGCUUCGCUCCAAGACCGGCCAUUCAUUCCUAAGAGUUUUGUGUCCCUUGGCGGCGUUCCGGGUAGCUGCUGUACAGCAUUCCGCAAGUGGGAGCAGCCUACCUUGCGGAUGCCCCCACAGGUCUUUCCUUUGAACGCCGCCAUUGAGGCUAUUCGCUCCUAAAUAAUCUUUGUUUUAUUCUCGGUUUAUUUCU